UACCGUUCGUCAAGUCAAGCUUGUAGGCGGCGAUAGGUUGUGGCGCGGGUGGCUUCAUACAAAAAUGGGCUCGUAGCAGUUACACAGCCGCCCUGUUCACCGGUCGUCAUGAAUUUCGAUGGGCUGGAUCCAGCUCUGGCAGAGUACACCCCUGCCUUACACGCUCCCUUGGAUCCAGUCCUUGAUCCCCACUUGAACCCCAGUCUACUGCAGUCUGUAGAGCUGGACCAUGAUCGUGUUGGUCUGGAAGGGAUCCCGGUCCCAGAGACUGUGCGCAUCAUGGAGGGAAUGUACUCCGAGUUACACACGACUGUGUCUGAAGUCGGAGUUCCUGUGUCAGCAGUCCACUUUGACGUCCAUGAGGAGAUGCUGUGGGUUGGGAACCACGGAGGCCAUGCCACAUCCUUCUUUAGCCCUGCCCUUGAGAGAUACUCGUCUUUCCAAGUGCAUGCUAGCAAUGAUAUCCGGCAGAUCCAGAGUGUGGACACAGGAGUUCUCUUCCUCACAAAGAACAACCUGAAAUGCAUGACACGCGGAGGACUGAUCAUCUUUGACUACCUGAUGGAUGAGACUAUAGACAACCACAGUCUUCUACUCACAGAUGGCAACACCCUACUCAUAGGAGGUAUGCAGAACCAUGUCGUCCAGAUGGAUCUUAACACUGUGCAAGAAACACAAAAGUAUACAGUUGAAGUUCCUGGUAUUACAGUUAUGCGACAGUCCAACCGAUUCUUUUUCUGUGGGCAUACAUCUGGAAAGCUUUCGUUACGAGAUCUUCGCACAUUUAAAGUCGAACACGAGUUUGAUGCAUACUCGGGUAGUCUGUCUGACUUUGACGUCCAUGGAAACCUUGUGGUGACAUGUGGAUUCUCCAGUCGCAUGAAUGUUCUUGCUUGUGACCGCUUCCUGAAAGUGUAUGAUUUGCGUAUGAUGCGGGCCAUCACUCCACUUCAGGUUCACGUUGAUCCCCUCUUUCUGCGCUUCGUCCCUACCUACACUUCCCGGCUAGCUAUUAUUUCCCAGCGCGGUCAGUGUCAGUUCUGUGAACCCACUGGUCUGGCUAGUCCUGCAGACAUAUUCCAUGUCAGCACUGUAAGCCAGCUCAUAAUGUCUUUUGAUGUGUCUGCUAGCAAACAAGUUUUGGCAUUUGGAGACUCUGAUGGAUGCGUACACCUAUGGGCAGACACUCCAGAAGCAACGUUUAACACAUACCCUCGCGACACUGAGUUUGCAUUGCCCUGCAUGGUGGACAGCUUGCCUCAUCUGGACUGGAAUCAGGACCUUAUGCCUCUUUCUCUUAUCCCUGUACCACUGCCAAAUGAAACUUUGCUCUCAGAUUGGCCCUCUGCUAAUUCUAUGCCUGCUCCUCGCCGUGCUCCUCCUGUAGAUCCAGAGAUACUGCGGACCAUGAAACAAGUUGGCUUUAUUGGCUACUCUCCCAAUCCUAGAACAAAGCUUAGGAAUCAGGUGCCAUAUCAAUUGGAAAAUGAUUUUGACAAUUUUAACCAAGUUCCAGAAUCUCCAAUAGGAAGAGAGGAAGAACCCCAUCUCUAUAUGGUGCCCAAAAAGUUCAGGAAGGUCACUAUAAAGUAUUCCAAGCUUGGCUUAGAAGAUUUUGACUUUAAACACUACAAUAAAACCUUGUUUGCUGGCCUAGAGCCGCAUAUACCCAACGCCUACUGCAACAGCAUGAUCCAGGUGCUUUACCUAUUGGAACCAGUAAGGUGCCUGGUCCAAAACCACCUCUGUCAGAAGGAGUUCUGCCUGACUUGUGAGCUUGGAUUCUUGUUCCAUAUGCUGGAUUUGUCACGUGGAGACCCUUGCCAAGCUAGUAACUUUUUGCGGGCUUUCCGAACCAUCCCUGAGGCAGCGGCAUUGGGACUGAUUUUAGCUGAUUCAGAUGAGGCCACAGGAAAGGUUAAUUUGGGUCGCCUGAUACAGAGCUGGUGUCGCUUUCUUUUGACACAACUUCACCAAGAAACACAAGAGCUGGAAGGUCCUCAAGCUUAUCGAGGUGUUGGGAGCACCAGCUGCUUUUCGUCAACAGGAGACUCUGUGAUUGGUCAACUUUUUGGAUGUGAGGUGGAGAACUGCAGCAUGUGCCGCUGUGGUAAAGAAACGGUGCGUGUAUCCACAACUCUGCUUUUUACCUUGUCGUACCCGGAGACUAACAGUAAUGGUAAAACCCCUCCUCCAGAUUUAGAGUUUGCGGAGAUUCUGAGGAGAAGCAUUUGCCUGGAGCAGAGCACUCAGGCCUGGUGUGAGAAUUGCGAGAAAUACCAACCUACAGUUCAGACCCGCAACAUUCGUUGUCUUCCUGAUGUACUUGUUAUAAACUGUGAAGUUAACAGCACAAAGGAGGCUGAGUUUUGGAAGACACAGGCAGAGUAUGCUUUUAAAAAGGCCCUGCGUAAAGCAGAACUGAACAUACCAGUUCAUCCCAGUGAAAGUAGCAAAGAAUGGAAUGAUCCUAACUCUGAGAUGAUCACACCACCUCUGUUACCUUCAGUGGAGGAACUUCGUAAUGUGUGGGUCCCUUGUUCCCUAAAGAUGAAACUUUCCAAAACCAAAGAGUUGGAGGUUCUUAAUUGUUCAGAGAAUGAGGAGCCAAAUCAGUCAGAAGAAAACGCAGAUGAAACAACAAAUGUGUAUGACCUCAUGGCGACGGUCGUUCACAUCCUGGAUCCUCGAACAGGUGGCAGCCUAGUAGCGCACAUAAAAGUGGGAGAGACCUAUCACCAACGAAAAGAGGGAGUAACACAUCAGCAGUGGUAUCUAUUCAAUGAUUUCCUCAUUGAACCUGUGGACAAGUGCGAGUCUGUACAGUUUGACAUGAACUGGAAGGUCCCUGCAAUACUUUUCUAUACCAAGAGGAGCCUGAACCCAAAAUACAACUUAGCAAUUAAGAACCCAAUUGAAACUAGUGUGUUACUGGCAGAAGCCUCUCUAGCAAGGAAGCAAAGGAAGUGUCAUGCCACCUUCAUUCCAUUGUUGCUAAAUGAGAUGCCACAAGCAGGAGAACUGGUGGGCCUCGAUGCAGAGUUUGUUACCUUAAACCAGGAAGAAGCCGAGUUACGGAGUGAUGGCACAAAGUCCACAAUAAAACCUAGUCAGAUGUCUGUUGCCCGUAUUACCUGUGUAAGGGGGCAAGGACCUAAUGAAGGUGUUCCAUUCAUUGACGAUUACAUCUCCACCCAAGAGCAGGUGGUGGAUUAUCUUACACAGUACUCUGGAAUAAAACCUGGCGACUUAGAUGCUAAGAUCUCGUCCAAGCAUCUGACUACUUUGAAGUCCACAUACUUAAAGCUAAGGUUUCUCAUCGAUGUAGGGGUGAAGUUUGUGGGUCACGGCCUUCAAAAAGAUUUCCGUGUCAUAAAUUUAAUGGUGCCAAAAGAUCAAGUAAUUGAUACGGUCUAUCUGUUUCACAUACCACGUAAAAGAAUGAUCUCUCUAAGAUACUUGGCAUGGUAUUUCCUUGAUCUUAAAAUUCAAGGGGAGACACAUGAUAGCAUAGAAGAUGCUCGGACAGCCCUACAGCUUUAUCGCAAGUACUUGGAGCUUAGUUGCAAUGGAAAAGAGCCAGAUAAUUUCCGCAAAGUGUUGAAGAGCCUAUAUGAGAAGGGACGAAAGAUGGACUGGAAGGUUCCGGAACCAGAGAGUCAAAGCAGCCCAAAAAGUAAAAUGCGCCAGUGUAUUCUGCUAUGGUGGGACUUUAGUGUCCUUUUUAAUUUCUUUUUAUGAGCUUGGUAAAUUGGAAACUAGUUUCCAUUUACUAUUUUUAUUGAUUUUUUUUUUUUACUUGUGCUGAAUUGUGACGCCGUUCUGUGAACGCAAACACAUCUACUUUUAAUAAAACCUUAA